AUGUUCCACUGCACGAACGGCGUACAGCAUUGCGUGGAGGGACGGCGUGCUGGCGAGGCACGGGAGGCCUCUGAUGACGUCACCAAGGAGCUGGCGAAAGUGGUCCAGGCACUAACUGCGCUGGAGGCGUCACAGAGCCAACUCGCUUCCACAUUGGCGAUCUCCUCCCACAGCCACUUUGAGCAGCUACUGCAAAACGAGGCCCAGCCACAGCAACUAGGCGCGGCCCCAAAGCUCCGGCCUUGGCAGGAAACCCAAUCGCUGGGCUCGAGCGCCGCCCACGUGUUUGCAAGGUCGAAGCUGGUGGGAAAGAAGGGCGGAGCGGGACCAGAUGUCAUAUCGGUGACGAAGGCCCUGUGUGGCAUGGGGCAAAGUGCGCUGGAGGAAGCAUUGGCGAGGGUGCCCGACUUUACCACCGGAAACAGGUGGCUGUUCAACAACUCUUGGCUGACCCAGCCGGAGCUGCGUGCCCUUGACGAGGCGCAUGUGCUGGGCGCCGGUUCGGAAGUCGUGUGUCUCGUUGGCUACAUCAAACAGCAGGUACCUUGUCCGGCGUCCGAGUGCGUCGUUCCGGUGUACGUCCGGCCGGACACUUCGGACAGUCUGGUGCUGGGCCAGAUGUACGAGACGGUCGAGCUGGGCUUCGUCGCGAACUUCGCGCCGACCGCCAUUCUUGACGCGGGCGCCAACAUCGGCCUCGCCGCGCAGGUCUUCGGGCACAUGUUCCCGGACGCCGUGGUCGUGUCCGUAGAAGCCGCGUCCGACAACUUCGCGAUGCUGCGGCUCAACACCGCCCACUUGCCCAACGUCGUCCCGUUGCACGCCGGCAUCUGGCAGCGCACCACGCAACUAGAGGUGACCGUUACCGGGGACGGCGAGUGGGGGCACAUCCUGCGGGAGGCCGACACGUGUCCCCCGGGGGCGGAGUGUGUUAACGCGCUCACGAUCGACUUGAUCCAGGACCUGCUGCAAGUUGGGCGUUUCGACUUUGCCAAGAUCGACAUCGAGAGUUCCGAGAAGGGCGUAUUCACCCCGAGCGCUGUGAAUCGGCUCGCGUGGCUGGCGGGGGUCAAAGCCGUGGCCAUCGAGCUUCACGACCGGUUCGUACCGGGAUGUACCGAAGCAGUCACGAGCGCGCUUGAGAAUGACUUCGACAUUGACUCUGGCUUUAACUCUGAGUACGUGCUGGCUGUGCGGAAAAAAGCUUGAUACGAGCCUUCGCACGUUUGUCGUUAGACACGCAUCCCAGAUGCCAAACAAACACUAUGAUACAACACAGAUAUCUCGUGUGCAGUACAAUACGGACAUUACCGGAACAUGUAUUCAAAGCCAGCAGAGUUGGUUGGUGUACGGAGCGGCUUGGAGUUGUGUACUAUAUUAGAGCCGCGGUAGCGCUUUCGCUUGCGACACAUAUCCGGGCUUUGAACAAUCAACUCGGGGAGUCGCUUGACGGUUGGGGCGUGCAACCACGCUUGCUGAAAUUGCUCUUCUGCAUAGUUAAGGAUCAUUUGCGUAUGCGACCUGGC